UUUGACCAAUAUAGUAGUAAUCUUCAGACAUGUGCUCUUUGAGGCCAUUAUCAAAGUAAGUGUCUUUGAUCUUUUGAUUGCAUAGUCUUAUCUAUUCCUUGGGAGGCCCACCACUGUCAACAGCUUGCUCACCAUAAAACUGAACUUCAAAGGUGACCCUCGGAUCAAAUACAUGCUUUAGUUCCUCAAAUGUAGUUUCCACAAUAUUAUGUCUGUCUACAGUUAUGAAAUUGGUCUCUCCUUCAAGGAUUCGUGAUGAAUUGGUUACCUCUAAUGGUCUCCCAGAAACAAUUUUCUUCCGCUGAUAUCUAAGCAUCUCUGUUGGUUCCAUUAUGUCUGGUGGGAACUCAUUCACAAUUCGGCAAAAGAAGUCAUGUGGACUUUCUGUUUUCUGCUCCCCCUCUUGUUGUACAGUGUAGGGAUAGAUACUAGAGAUGACAGGGUUGUCUGCUACGCUGCGAGGGCCAAUACCAGAAUUGCCAUUAGAGGUGCAGGGACAAUACAAGAAUUACCAUUAGAGAUGCCAGGGAAAAUACUAGCGAUUGCCAUUAGAGGUGCCAGGGACAAUACCAGAAUUGUCAUUACAGUCGCCAGGGACAAUGCCAGAAGUUUCAUUAGAGGUGCCACGGACAAUACCAGAAGUUCCAUUGGAGAUGCCAGGGACAAUGCCAGAAGUUCCAUUGGAGGUACCACGGACAAUGCCAGAAGUUCCAUUGGAGGUGCCAGGGACGAUGCCAGAAGUUCCAUUGGAGGUGCCAGGGACAAUACUAGAAGUUCCAUUGGAGGUGCCAGGGACAAUGCCAGAAGUUCCAUUGGAGGUGCCAGGGACGAUGCCAGAAGUUCCAUUGGAGGUGCCAGGGACAAUACUAGAAGUUCCAUUGGAGGUGCCUGGGACAAUGCCAGAAGUUCCAUUGCAGGUGCCAGGGACGAUGUCAGAAGUUCCAUUGGAAGUCCCAGAGACAAUGCCAGAAGUUCCAUUGGAGCUGCCAGGGACAAUGCAACAAGACCCAUUGGAGGUGCCAGGGACAAUACCAGAAGUUCCAUUGGAGGUACCAGGGACAAUACCAGAAGUUCUAUUGGAGGUGCCAGGGACAAUCCCAGAAGUUCCAUUGUAGGUGUCAGGGAAACUGCCAGAAGUUCCAUUAAAGGUGCCACGGACAAUGCCAGAAGUUCCAUUGGAGGCGCCUGGGACAAUGCCAGAAAUCAAUUGGAGGUGCCUGGGACAAUGCCAGAAGUUCAAUUGGAGGUGCAAGGGACAACACCAGAAAAUCCAUUGGAGGUGCCAGGGACAAUACCAGACGUUCCAUUGGAGGUCCCUGGAACGAUCCAAGAAGUUCCAUUGCAGGUGCCAGGGACGACGCCAGAAGGUCUAUUGGAGGUGCCAAAGACAAUGCCAGAAGUUCUAUUGGAGGUGCCAGGGACAUUGCCAGAAGUUCCAUUGGAGGUGCCAGAGACAAUGCCAGAAGUUCCAUUAGAGAUGCCAGGGACAAUGCCAGAAGCUCCAUUGGAAGUGCCAGAGACAAUGCCAGAAGUUCCAUUGCAGGUGCCAGGGACGAAGCCAGAAGUUCCAUUGGAGGUGCCCGGGACGAUGCCAGAAGUUCCAUUCGAGGUGCCAGGGACCAUGCCAGAAGUUUCAUUGGAGGUGUCGGGGACAAGGCCAGAAGUUCCAUUGGAGGUGCUUGGGACAAUACGAGAAGUUCCAUUGUAGGUAAC